AUGAUGCGUUUCUUGGUUGCUGUGGGCUUGUUUGUCAGUGCGAGUGCCUUUGUGGUUCCUCAGUCAGUCCGCCCCUUGGAGACUGCGUUGGCCAUGGAUCGUCGCGAAGUGCUGGCUGGAGUAGCUGGAUUGAUUGCAAUGCCCGCCAUUGCCAAUGCCAAACCGGCUUCCACUUGGUUCUUUGACGAGCACAUUGAAGAUGUCAGGGAGGAAUCUCAGAUGGCCACAGGAGGCAAGUUGGACAUCAACGCGGCAUUUGUGGGCGACUACAAGGAACUCGUGGGCAUGUUCCCCACUGCGGCUGGAAAGAUUGCCAGCCAUGGGCCUUACGAGAAAGUAAAGGAUAUUUACAAGAUUGACAACUUGACCGAAAAUGACAUCAAACUCUUCAAGAAGUACGAGGCAUCCCUUACCGUCAACCCUCCAGGACGUGCCUUUAGCGAGAGAAUCAAUGCUCGUGUCUCCACCUAA